AUGGACCCUAGCAAGCACCCGUAUCUCGACACGAUUCACGAGCGUCCGCCCGCCAGUCGUAUGCCCGACGCACACGGCGCCACAGAAGCCAUCGAAUGUGUGCGCCGCAUGGUGUCGACCACCGAAUUGUUUAAUCCAAUCAAACGUCAACAAGAUAUCGAUGACGCCGAAGGUACCUCCGAUCUAGAGGGAAAACUGCCAAAGAAGAAGAAAUGGCCAAAAAAGUUGACAGUCGUCGAGGUGUCAGAUGAGGAGUACCAACAGAACAUUCAUGACCUAUGGAACCUUCUGCAAGUGGGCAUAAUGGUUGGACCUCGUAAUAAGACUCGCUCAGAUGGCUUUCUCAACCGAACCCCCGACGAGCUGCUUGACGCAAAGAAAGGAUUGACGUUGCAUACAUAUCAGUUGCAUGCAGUCAACGAAUUCUUGCGAGCUGUGCUCCGUGGCGAAAGAGGGAUCCUCUUAGCCUACGGCAUGGGCAUCGGAAAGACCCUCAUAGUCAUAUGCAUUAUCGUGACACUUCAAGCUCAUCGCGAUCACUUCCGCCAAUCAUGGAGCUCGCAUGAAUCAAGCGACUUCAAGCCUGGCCAUGACGUACAAGGGAAAUACCUCCUUGUAGUGCCUAGGGACUUGAUCGGUCAUUGGGUGAGAGAAUUGAGUAUUCGAGUCUCUUCAAAAUUGAGCGUCAUUGUAUACCACUCAUCGAGCCCAGCAUGGCCUUAUACGCCGGAGAGCCUCAGCAAGGCAGAUGUGGUUGUGACGUCAAACGAGACGCUGAGAUCCGACCACGAAGACGCAGAGGCGUCAGAAACCUCGUUCAGACGACCACAUAGUCAACAAUUCUUGGGCCGCUCGCCGCUCCUCGCGAUAUAUUGGUUAGGCGUGUUCUUCGACGAAGCACACCGCAUGAACAAUGAGAACACCGGUAUCGCCAAAGCUGCCAAGAGACUCAGGGCUCUUACGUGGCUCCCCAUCACGGGAACACCCUUGCAGAAUGAAUAUUCUGACAUCCGAUCCAUGGCGCAGCUGCUCAAUGUCAGGCCAUUGUGCAUUCCACACUUCUUUUCACAGUACUUCAUGCUGGCUCCGCCCAACGACUUGUCCGCGCGACUUGUUCUGUCUGGACAACUGAAUGCGGUACUAUAUUUGUGCACUCGUGCUUUCACGCUCAGAUUGAAGCGACACGACGAGUUCGACGGUACGAUAGUGCUCGGCGAACUUGACCCAGGGGUCCACAGACAUCUAGUGCAUGAUCUUAGAGCUCAUGAGCGAGAGCCCCAGGAUAAAGUGCGAAUGCAGUGGGACAAAGAGUUCAGAAAACGCCAAGAGAAACGCAAGAAGCGUGGAAGAAGGGCCUCGCCGGACGAAGAGGAUGAGGAGAUUAUAAAUCAGAAAGAGCUCCUGAAUUCGAUCACGUAUGCGAGACUCGCCGCCGUCCAUACUGCUUGUCCGCGCGCAGGAUAUGGCGACGCCGGCGAUGCUGACAGAGAACUUACGGAAGCUGAGGCCCAUAAAUCCGUCGACGACCUACUCGAAGAAGCCCCGGCGCCUAUAACGUUCAUCAGGAGCAAGUCGCACAAGCAGAAGCGCGAAAAGUUCAAGAAGAGUCUCUCCAACGGAAAUUGGUCCUCAUCGCGGAUUGAUGAGACCCUCGAGAUCAUUCAGGAUCACCUCACAAGACGUGACGGGAAAGUCGUGGUUUUUUCCGAGUUUCUAUGCACGUUGGACGUUCUAGCAGUCGCGUUACUGGAAAAGCUGAAGAUCGCGUCUCUUAGGUUUGACGGGACCAUGUCGCAAGUGGAAAUUGCUACCUCCGUAGCCGAUUUCGAGAAAGCUGAAGGCUCACCUAUACUUCUAAUCACGAAUCGGAGUGGCGGACUCGGACGCUCAUUCACCGACGCUGGACUUGUGAUUCAUCUUACACCGUGUUGGAACCCUGGCCUCACUGCCCAGUGUACUGAUAGGGUCAUCCGCACUCCGCAAGAGAAAACGGUUUACGUAUAUCAUAUGAUCGCUUCCAAAUCGAUCGAGUGCCGUGUGUUAGACAUCCAAUACGAAAAGCGUGGAAAAGCUGUCAAUAUCUUAGAUUUGGAUCCGGUCACCGAGAAGGAAUGCAGGAAAGUGGCUGGAUGGCAAAAGGCUGAUCUCGUAGGACUGAUGAUGGCCGCACGAAACUUGGCCAUCGAGCACGCGGAAGACGAAGCAGAGAGUCUGCGCGACUCUUUCAUCGAGCCUGCAUAG